ACAGUUAAAAAAUACAUUCAUCACUUUUACAACACUGCAAAGAAUAAAAAUGUUUAGUCAUCUCAAGGAGCUGUUUCUAUCUUAAUAACCUUAAGAAUGACUUAACUAAUUCAGGUUAAUAUAGCGAGGUUGAUUCUGUCAUUAUUUGUUUUUUGCUAAAGUAUCAUCAAACUUAUUGUCCUACUGGUGUUCCUCUAUUGAAGUUGUUUCUAUCUGACCUCAUCUUUGCUAAAUGUGUACAUGUAGAUGCCCUUUGACACGCCCUUUACCCUUUAGAUAUUAUUAACUCAGCUGUCUUUGGGAAAGGAAUCAGCUGUCAGCACACAUAUCCGUCCUAAUAAAGCCAGAGGGAGUCCAAGCCUGUAUUUACUGCUGAUGAACAUGAAGCGAAACGCUGAGAAAACCGUCCCAUCAGAGUGCUGAGCUGUCGACCAGGCCUUCAAGUGAAGUUUUACUAGAGCCGUUCACUGUAACACAGCCUGUGCGCUUUAGUAUUCCUCACGGAUCUGCUCUUCUCGUGCCGUGCUGAUGAGAGCGGCGUUUCCUGUCAAAUAGCUGCUUUUCUCCGUCCGGGCUUUCAGCAAUUAUCUCAGACACCUGAAUAUGAAGCUGCUUGUGCAAUUAGGCACAGAAGAGCGUGUCACAGCAUGUUCUCUGUCCACAUAAACAGCAGUGCAAGGUCUGUCUGAGCUCACUUGAAGAUGUGGACAGGACUGGAUGUAGUUUGUAGCCUCUGAGAUUUGAGCUGUGAAUGGAGAUCCUGUUGCAUCGGUCUUAUUUCUCAUUGCAUCUACUUGUGAGGUGUCGCUUUUGAAACGUCAGGAAUAUAGCGCUUUCCCCGGGAACGGCUGCAAACAAAGCAGCUGCAAACUUUAUCAGGCAUUACAGGAGAAACAUACGACUGAGAUCAUCCCUCACCCUCAGAAACGGGACUCGUUUCAUCUCUGAACUGAGAAGAUGAGUGAAAACCCUUUGAUGAAGUACGAGCUGCAGUCUCUGGCUCCUGUCUCGGGCCCCGGGGCCACGGCGGGGCUCCUGCUGGCUCCGGACACAGAGCAGAUCACAGCACUUUGUUUCGUGGGACUCCUGCUGCUGUUUUUGGUGUUCCUGCUGGUGCGGUGUUUCCGGAUUCUCCUGGACCCCUACAGCAGCAUGCCGUCCUCAUCCUGGUCUGAUCCUAAAGACGGUCUGGAGAGGGGACAGUUCGAUUACGCACUCGUCUAGAAAUACAACAAUCUCACAAAACCUGUCAAGAACAUAUUCAACCUCCAAAUCUAAAAGCUCAUUUUUUAAAACUAUUUUAUUAUAAUUCUAACAUAUUAUAUCUAAUUGUUAUAUAAUGUAUGAUUAUAUAUAAUUAUGUAGAAUAUCAUAUUUUUUAUUCUAAUAUAAUAUUUUCAUUGUUUUCAUAACAGUUCCACGCCAAAAUAUUCACUAAUCGAAUGUAUAAAAAUAAUAUUUUAUUAAUUAUUUAAUACAAUUAAAUGUAUUUAAUACUAUUUUUAUUUUUUAUUUUAAUAUUAUAUUUUUCAUAACAUUUCUGCCCCAAAACUUCCAUUAGUGGAAUGCACAAAAGAAUGUUUUAAUUAAAUUGUUAAAUAUGAAAAAAAAAAAAAAAUCUAUAAAAAUAAUUAAAAAAAAUAAUAAUAAAAAAAGAGAGAGAAAAGUAAUUUGCUUAGUUAUACUUAAUCGAGUACUGAAAAUAGGGUUCAUUGUCUUUAUGCAAAAUCAUAUGUGUGUGUGUGUGUGCGUUUGUGUGUGUGUGUGUGUGUGUGUGUGUGUGUGUGUGUGUGUGUGUGUGUGUGUGUGUGCGUGUGUGUGUGUGUUUCCUUAAGAUUUUGGGAUGAAAAUAUGACCUUGACUUGUUUUUGAGAUUUAACCACAAAACUAGUACCAGUGCAGUAUCGGUUAGAUUUUAGUCUAUAAAACACGGUUUUCUUGGUUAUUUUAGUUCAAGCCACGUUCAUUUCAGCUGUGGCAGUGAAUGGCUGCCUUGUUUACAAUCUAAAUGUCUACUUCAGUCAAUUAUGUGGAUGAAUCAGGCAUCUGUAUUCACUUCCCACAGACUUACAAACUUCCUUAUUUUUUAUUGUAAAUUUCUAAUCGUCUUUACUGUGCAUGUGAAUUGGUUUGAUGAUAUUUAUUAAUAUUAUUAUUAAAUGUUUUGCAUUACAUUGUGUUAUGCAUUUGUCCACGCAUUGUUAUGGGUUUGUCAGUGAUAACCGGAGCAAAUGUGCCUUAAUUUAUUUUUGUACCAGAGACUCUAUUGUCUGUCUGUAUUGACUUUGUUGUGAUGUUUACAGUCGGUUUGGGAUUAGUAGGUGCUUUUUUUUUUCUUUUUUAUCUUGAAAGGGCAAAACUAUGUACAAACAGGGAUUUCUCUGUUAAUGUUUCUUACUCUGGAUUGGUUUUUAGCAAAGAAAUAUUUGCUCAAUAAAUGACUUUUUCUCUCA